AUGUUUCAUUUCAGACAGCUGCACACCAGUUCCAAGCUUGCUUCUGAAGGAACCAAAGCUGUGAGAUCGGGCCAGAAGAUACAGCAUCUUAAGGCCCCGGCCAAUCUAUACAACUCCAAGUCAUCAGCUUCUAACUACAGAGGUCUUCUAAGAGCCAAGGUUGAGCCUGGGUUUUAUCAUCAUCCAGCUCAGUCAUCAGCCACUGGCUCAAUCAACAGCGAAACUCUUCCCAGGGCCUUCUUGCCACGAGACGAUCCAAGAAGGCAAUUUGUUCAGAAAAUAAGACCAUCUGAACAUCAUCAAGCAAGCUGGGCACCUGCACUCCAUCAAAAGAAAGACAAGUCAUAUCAUUUGAAACCGGAACAGGUGGCUGAAAUUCAAAGAUUAAGAACGGAAAACCCAGACAAAUAUACCAGAAAAGUGUUGGCACAAAAGUUCGAUGUCUCGCCCCUGUUCAUAUCCCUGGUAUCUAGUGCUUCCAAAACCAGAGUUGAGGACAUGUCCCAAAGACUAGAAACAAUAAAAAAGGACUGGCACCCCAAAAGGGCGAUUGCAAGGCAAGAUCGUGAGAAGCGUAAGGAACUCUGGUACAGGCCAUGA